AUGUCCCUGCUCCUUCCUCCGCCUUCCCUCUCCCGUUGCCUUCGCACAACGCCACAUCCAUCUGCCGUCCAUGGCGGAAGCUCCUUUUUCCGAUGUAAAGCAUCAUGGCAAGAGGUCGCCGGCGUUUUGGUAUUCUCGGCGAUUCCUUUCACGGCGGUGAAAACCAUAGCCAACAGUCCACUCGGACAGUCACUCCAGAGGCGAAUGGAGGAGAAGAAGCAGCUAUAUCAGCAAAAUUCGUCGAAAUUGAAGGUGCUUUCCGACAAGGCACGAGCUGAGAGCAUGUGGUAUGGAGAGGAUCGCCCUCGCUGGCUUGGUCCGAUCUCAUAUGAUUAUCCUGGCUAUCUCACUGGUGAACUGCCAGGGGAUUAUGGUUUUGAUAUUGCGGGUUUGAGUCAGGACCCUGUGGCCUUGCAGAAAUUCUUCAAUUUUGAAAUACUUCAUGCUAGGUGGGCUAUGCUUGCUGCACUUGGUGCUUUAAUCCCUGAAAUAUUAGACCUAAUAAGAGCAUUCCAUUUUGUGGAACCUGUUUGGUGGCGAGUAGGCUACUCAAAGCUUAAGGGUGAUACCUUAGACUACCUCGGCAUUCCGGGUUUCCACUUGGCUGGAAGUCAAGGAGUGGCUAUUAUAGCAAUCUGUCAAGCCCUUCUGAUGGUUGGUCCAGAAUAUGCGCGAUAUUGUGGUAUUGAGGCACUUGAGCCUCUAGGUAUAUAUUUGCCGGGCGACAUUAAUUAUCCGGGCGGUGCACUUUUUGAUCCCUUAAAUCUCUCUAGAGAUCCCUCUUCUUUUGAGGAACUAAAGGUGAAGGAGAUUAAGAAUGGUCGUCUGGCUAUGGUUGCCUGGUUAGGCUUUUAUGUUCAAGCUGCUCUAACCGGUAAGGGUCCUGUACAGAACCUUCUCGAGCACAUUGCAGAUCCAUUGCACCAUAAUCUGCUUUCAACAAUAGAAUCUUUGCAUUUGUUCUGA